AAUGAAUUGCUGGAGGGAGCUGUGGGGUAGCUAUUCAGAGGAGGACAAACAGAGGUUAGGUGUUGUAGAGAAGGCGAACAGCGCCAUGACUGGAACAUAGUGGCCACAGCUGGUACUACAGCAUUUAUUCAGCGACAUGGACGGAGGAAAGGCACACAAUAGUGGCCACAGCUGGUACUACAGCAUUUAUUCAGCGACAUGGACGGAGGAAAGGCACACGGAGUCUGCGCAACGUUGCUGCACCCCAGUGUACGAAGUUUCUGGAUUUCCGUCUGUACCACAAGGGACGAAAAAACACACACAUUAAAGGGGCCCCCUUUAAGGCGGUGUCCGUUUGACAGAGGAAGAUGGCAUCUCCCACGUCGCCCGACCUCUCCAACGACGGCUCACCCAAGAAGAGGAGGCCGGUCUUCAGCUUCCCCGAGGUGCACAUCCUCCUGGACGAGGUCCGCAAGCACCGCAAUAUCGUCAUCGCCAAUUUCAACCGUGGCGUCCCGAGGAAGGUGAGGAAGCGCACCUGGGCGGAGAUCACAGCCCGCCUCAACGAGGUCUGCCAGUCCGACCGAGAGGUCUCGGAGGUGGUCCGCAAGUGGUCCGACCUGAAGUUCGACAGCAAGCGCACGGUGAAGACCAUCCGGCCUGGCCCCCUGGGCCCGCGGGGCACACCCUACAAACGCCAGCGCCACUAUACGACCUCCGAAGUGGAUAAAAUCGUCCGGGACAUCCUGAGGGUCAACAGCAGCCAGCAGGACGACGGCGCCGGCCAGGCCGGGCACGGGCCCGUCAGGCGCAGCAGCCGGAGCACCAGCUGGAAGGGGGACGGACAGAGCGGCAGCUCGGAGGAGGAGGAAGAAGACGAUGACGAGUUUGAGGAAGAUGAGGAUGAAGAUAUGGACAUGGCGACGGGUGUGGAGUCAAAACGCAGCACCUCAGAGGACGGAAAACUGCUGAAAAGUUUUAAACAGGAGAACAUGGAACAGGAUUCCAUGUUUGAUGCUUCUGAAGACACACCUUUUGAUGUGAGCUUUGAAAUGCCUACUGAAGAAGACGGUGCCCCACAGGACAACCAACCCAGCGGCAGCAGCCGGGGCAGCUCGGGCAUCAAUACUCCCACCACAAACGCAGCCACAACCAGCAAUAACAACGCUGCCAUGCACACUCCCUCCCUCAAACCCCCCUCUUCCUCCUUCGCCAUUCCCCCUCCUCCUCCUCCUCCUUCUCUUCCCUCUUUACCUCUGCCUACUGCCAGAGCUGCAGACCAUGUGGGUCAUGGUAUCGGAAUGGGCAAUGGUGGGGCCGGGAUUCCACAUUACGUCACAAACCCUCCCGGCAACACGGGUGUUCCGGCACCGGCGGCGCACAGUACAAACGCUAACACUAACGCCGCUGCGGUCGCUCCCGACGUGCGUGGGCUGGCGGCCAUGAGCGUGCAGGAGCAGCACAUGAGCAAUGCGCUGCUGGAAACGGUGUCGCGCUCGCUGGAGCUGCUGUCGGAGUCGCUGCAGUCACUGGCCGACACGCAGCAGGAGUUCAUGAGGGAGUCGCUGCAGCUGCAGAGCCAGAGCCUGGAGGUGCUGCGGGACUUCGCCACCGGAGCCAUGACGCUCAUGCAGGAGAAACUCAACGGCGGGAACAAGCAGAAGACAUGAUGGUGUUGUUGCUGUUACAGUAUGGCCUCGUACUAGUACAGUACAGUACAAUGCAGUGCGAAUACCAAGUCUGUAUUAAGAAUCAUUACCACAACUACCAGAGACUUUGCCAUGCAGGAGAAACUGAACGGCGGGAAUGCGAAGAAGACUUAAUGGUAUUGGUGCGGUUACGGCCUCGUACUAGUACAGUGCAGUGCAGUGCAGUGCGAAUACUAAGUCUGUAUUGAGAAUCAUUACCACAACUAUCAGAGACUUUGCCACCAGCGCCAUGACGCUCAUGCAGGAGAAACUCAAAGGUGGGAACGGAAA